UAAUUCCCAAUAAAAUUCUGUCACCUUUGAUUUGUAUUAUGUAAAGUUCAUGCAACUUUGUGUUUAUAUAAAUUUGGUAAACGGUAUCUAUUACGUAAUAUGUCAUGAGGAACAUGGGUUCAGUAGCAUUCUCGUGAACAUUUAAACAUUAAUGAGAAUCAUUUUUGAAAAUCUGUGCAAAACAUGGCUACUAUUGUAAAUACAUGUAUGAAAAGAAUAUUCCAGAAAUCAUCAGCUAUUAGUAAUCAUUUGUUUCGAAAACAUCUCCUUCUGACUAAUGCAACUUUUUCUGUGGCUAUGGGUAUUGCUGGUGAUCUAGUACAACAACAUUAUGAAAUAUUAAUUGGAAGAGAAGACAGCUGGAAACCUGUUAGAACAGCCCACAUGUCAGCUGCAGGACUUACUACUGGUGUACUAUCUCACUAUUGGUACAUAAUCAUUGAUAUAUUUAUACCAGGGUCAUCUCUUAAGUGUGUCAUUAAAAAAGUAUUGUAUGAUCAAAUACUUUUUUCUCCAGUAAAUUUAACUGUAUAUUUUGGUACUGUAGCUGUUUUAGAAGGAUCACUUAAACAACUUAAAGAGGAGCUCCUUGCAAAAGGUUCACAAAUUUAUACAGCUGAGUGGUUGAUUUGGCCACCUGCACAAUUUGUAAAUUUUUAUUUAUUACCUCUGAGGUAUAGAGUUCUUUUUGACAAUUUUAUUUCAUUUGGUUUUGACGUUUAUUCUCCUUAUGUAAAAUAUAAGUGUAAAUUAAAAUCAGACAGUGAGAUAAAUGUAGAUAAAAAUAAUAAAUAAAUUAUGUGGUGGUU